AUGAAAAAUGAAAAAGAAAACAAAUAAAGUAAAUAGCCUUAUCUAAAACUAAAUGAAAAGCAUGAUAAAAAAGCUAUGUCAAAUUUCUAAAGAAAUAUUAUGAUUAAAAUUGGAUUUUGGCAAUGUAUAACAAUUUUAGUUGUAGGGAUUAUGAAUAAUUUGAUUGUAUUUUUUUCUUUUGGACAUAUUAAAUAAGUAUCACAAGCUAUAUUUCUUGAUAAUGAAUUGCUCGCUUUAACUUCAUUGAAUAAUCAGCAAGCUAAAACAGUCUCUAACUAAGUACAAAUGAUUGUGACUGCCCUUCAUUAAUUAAAUAAAGUUAAUAUUAGAUAAAUAAAUUAAACUCCAUAAAGCUCUAGCUUUAUGCAUUGUUAUCCUUAAAGCUAUUAUAAUUAUGUUAAAACAACUCAAAAUUUAAAUUGCAAAUGUACGCCUCCAUCUAACUGUUAAUAUUCUCCAUUUUUAAAUAAUCCAAACAUAAUAAUUUGUCCAAACACAAAUAUUAAUAGUCCUUAUCCAUGGUAUGAAAAUAAUUUUUCAAGCUCUUACUCACAAAAUCAAUAUUAUUAUUUUGCAGCUACAACUCCAAAUUCAGAUCCAAUAUUUAGUUAAUAAGCUUAUAACUAAGUAAGGGUUGAUAUGUAAUAUUAAUUUUAAGAGUUUUACACUAUAGCUCGUUUGCAGUAUAAAUCAAUGAAAAAUUUUAUUGAUUAUAUAAAGAUUACUCAUCAAUCCGGUGUUGAGAUGUUUUAUUCAGGUCAACCAGCUUCCUUUUAUUAAUGUGACUAUUCAACAAGAAACGAUAAAUUAUUUUAGAAAGCAAGAUAAUAUAGUAAAUUAUACUCUAAAGAUCUAGUAGAAUUUGUUUAUAUUGACUAAGCAACCAAUGUUGCUAAUGAAAAAAUUAAAUCAGUUUUUUGUUUAGUUUUGACUAAUAUGAUUAACUGUGUUACAUAAGCUGCUGAUGUAUAAUGUGGCCAAAUUUGUAUCUAAUCUUCUAUUGCAUACUCACAAAUACAAAAAAUCUUAAGUAAAAACAUAAUUGUAGAUUCUUAAUAAUAUUUCUUGAUUGGAAGCUAAGAACUGGAUAAUUAUUAAGUUAUUAAUCAGCAAGUUAAAAACUCUCAAGGUGUUUUAACAUCCUUCGCUUGGUUGUAUACUGUUUUGUUUAAUUAUUUACCUACUUAGCCGGUUUCUUAGCUUGUGGUAGAUUUCAGUAACAAAUUUGGAUAGUAUUUUUACCCUUAUUCUCCUAGUAUCUCUAGAGCAGAGUACGAAAUUUAAGAUAUGGGUUUUGGCGAGUAUUAUCAGUCUCAAACAGAUACAGUAUCUUUUGCAUGGUCUUACAUAAAAGUGGAUUAAGAUUAUGAAGAUCCUAAUACUGAUAAGAUUGUUUUCACGUUAAUGUCAUAAUUUAACCAAGAUGAUGCUAUGGAAGUAUUUUCUUCAUAUUUUGAUAAAGAAUCCAAAUUAAACAGCAGCUGGAUUUGGGUAGCGCUAGUAACUGUAGGAAGUAUGAUUUUAUGUUAUUGCUUUCUAAAAUAAUUUGCAUCUUCUAUUGCCAAUCCUAUUAUAGAACUUACUCAAAAAGUCAAAUAAAUUAGAGAAGGCAACCUAGAUAUCAACUUAUUAGUUGAUUUUAAAUUUAGCUUUGAAGAGUUAAACAAUUUGUACGAAGAACUCGAAGAUGUGAAUCUCUAAAUAAAAUAUAGUACUGAUAAUUUUUACAACGAAAAAUCUGAUGCUGAAAAUCUAAUUAAUUUAACCAAUGCUAUUUGCCUCUACUAAAAUUUAAAGAACUAAAAGAUUCUUGGUAUUUUAUACAAUAAUUUAGGUAAUAUCUAUGCAAGAAAUCAAAAAUAUACUGAAGCAAUUUCAUGUUUUCGUAAAGCAGUGAAAAUAGCUGAAAAAGAGUUGAGAAAAUUAGUUAGAUUUGAUUAUCCUGAGGUAUUUUAUAAAGCAAAGAGAAUAUCUGGAUGGGAAGAAUUUUUAAAAAGCAAAGAACCACCUUCUCCACUCGGAUGGCUUGAGGAAGAAGAAAAAGCAAUAUAUUUUAAUAAUAAAAAAAUGGUAAGAGUGAAUUCAAAAUUAAAAAAAAAACUGGAAGAAGUAUAUUGCAAUAGAUUAUUUUCUCUAGCUAAUGUACUAAUAUUUUAAGGAGAGAUUGAAUAAUAAAAUAAAGACAAGCUCCUAUACUUUGAGGAAGCUAUAGAUCAUUUAAAUCUAGUUGAGAAAGUAGAUAAAAAUUUAGAUCAUGCAAGAAGCAGAUCAAUUAAAAUUCACUUUAAGCUAUCAUAGGCUUACAUUAACAGAGCCAAACUAGUUCCAUAGUUUGAAGAGGAUUUAUUUGAAGGAAUUGAAUCAUGUGACAGAGCCUAAUCUAAAUUCCCUUAUUAUGAAGUUGUGCACAACUUAUUUAGAGUUGAAAUCCUUAAAAGAAAGAUGGAAAAAGAUUUAAACGAUGAUAAUGUAUCAAUAAGAAAGUCAACGAAUUAAUACAGUUCUAUCAAUUAAACUUAAAAAAUUAAUUUAUUAACAUAAGAUUCAUUGCAAAAGCAUAGCAAUAGAAGAAAUAACCCUAUGCUGAUAGAAAUGUCUUAAUUUUACUCUCCUGUCCUUAAAGAAUCUCAAUAUAAUAGAAUUAAAAAAAUUCCAAGUAUGAUUUAAGCAUAAUAACGAUAAUUAAAUGAUGAAGAAACAGAUUUGGAAGUUAUAGUUGAUGAUCCUCCAGAAAUUUUGAAAUCUGAGCUUGGUUUGGUGAAGGGAUAAGUUUAUUAUGAAAUAGGCUUAUAUGAUAUUGCGCUUGAAUAAUGUACUAAAGCUAUUGAAGGAGGCAAGUAUUUUAAUCCAGAUAUAAGAAGAGAGUGUCUAAAAAUAAUAUAAAAUAUAUUCGAGUUGUAAAUAAAGAAAAAACAAAAGAAUUUAGAAAAAGAGUAAAAGGAUGGCUAGGAGUACACAGCUCAAGAUAAAAUUAUUCAAGAUUUUUAAAAAGCAUUAAAAGUAGUCAAUCACAUGAUUUAGGAUUGUGAAGUUAAGGGGAAAAAAGAUGUAGUAUUCUUAAUGGACAUAUCAGAAACCAUGUGUCAAAGUAAAUAUAAAGCUAUUGAUUCUUUUGUUAGCAUAAGAGAAAACUACAUCAAGUAAUUUGAUAGACUUGCAUUAAUUUCCUUCAAUCAUAAUGUAAAUGUAUGCUUUGAACUUUAAGUCAGUGGCAAAAAUGAUAAAUUUAUAGACAAGUAUUUUAAAGAUGCUAAGAAUUUGGCUUGUACAGGAGAUAAAGCUCUCUAUAAUGCAAUUUAUGAUGGAAUCAAGCUAUUUAAAAAAACUGAGCCUUAACCAAAUUCAAGAUGGUUAGUAGCAAUAACAGAUAAUGUUGAUAAUUAUAGUCGUAUAGAUGAAGAAUAGCUUAAACCUCUAUUCUUUUAAAAUAAUGUUAAAUUAAUACUCAUUGGUUUAAAUCUAAAAUCUAAUGCAAAAGAAGUAUAUCUAAAGCUAUGUAAAAAUACAGGUGGAACCUUUAUUGAAAAUCCUGAUUCAAUGGAUCUUAAUGUUGCCUUUUAAUCUAUUACUAAUUUAUAAUUCGCUACUUAUCAGCAAGCUAAUUAUGUUGAUGAAAAGUUUGACUGA